AUGUGUGACGUAAGCUCCACCCGGAUUGCUCUGGCUCCUCUCCUCAGAGCAGGAGCAGACUCAGCGGCUGUAGACUCUCCUCUCCUCCGCACCUCCACCUCCACCUCCACACGGACACACCGAGCUGAGGGGAAACCACUGUUUGCAUCUCCACGGUCCUCUCCUCCCUCUCCCUGCACCAUGUCCGCGCUUACAAAAACCCUGUCCGCGCUCACUGUGGCCUGGACGUGUUGGUGGUGCGUAACUGCGGAGGUGAGUCUCGGUGCCGCCUCCUCCACCUCCUCCAUCUCUUCCUCCUCCGCGCUCCGAAACUCCUCUUCCAGCGCCUCCACCCGCGCCCUGCAGCCGCCACACAACGCCACCGACUCCCGGCAGUCCACCCUCAUGCGCUCCCUGCCCAGCCUGAGGUCCGGGGUCUUCUUCUUGUGCGCAGUGACGGCCGCGCUGGUGCUGUGCCUGCUGCUCAAGGUGCUCAGGUCGGGACGGCGGAUCCGGAGGACGCGUAAAUAUGACAUCAUGAUGACCCCCGGGGAGCGCAUGGAGAUGGCCUCUCUAAACCAGGAAGACCCCCACCCUGCUCCGAACCAGGACGACCUCCAGGCAGCUCUGACCAGUGCAGGUGAACAGCUCUGA